CCCUUCCCUCAAGAAAGCCUACGUAAGAUUAAUCCUGCAGUAAUGUCGAAUUCCUGGGCAAUUCAAACGCAACUGGCGACGUUACUUGCUCUCAUUCUCAUAGCUCUCGUCUCUUCAACGACAGCAGAAUGUUACUGGCCGAACGGUAAAACUUCUGGGAACUAUGUUGCCUGUCCUAAUAGUAAGGUCUGCUGCCUCGAAGGCGAGGCUUGUCUCUCGAUUGGCAUCUGUUAUGCGGCGAGAUACAACACUGCAUACCGCGGUGCCUGCACGGAUUCAUCGUGGCCAAUCGCCGACUGCCCUCGAGCAUGUUAUACCUCAAUCCCGGGCCAGUGGGCCAAUCUUUUGACAUGUUCUGGCUCUGCAAGAGGAAAUUUUACUUGCAGUACUGCAGUCGAUGGCAAGACAGCCUGCGAGGAGAACGUGGAAACAUGGCAGUGGGAGGGAGAUAGUGGAGUUAAUGUGACUGCGGCUCAGAAUGGCAUCUCGUCUACAGGCUUGGUAUCCGACGCAUCAUCCGGCUCUACAACCAACUCAACUAACUCCACUGUAUCCUCAUCAUCUUCCUCAACGAAUGCCUUUGUAUCAAGUUUGGGCAAAAGUACCUCGGAUAAGUCGACAGUUGGCCUUGCAGUGGGACUGGGAGUCGGCCUCGGUGUACCUCUGGGACUGACUGUGUCGCUCCUGAUAUUCUACUGUCUUCGCGUACGAGGUCAGUCUGAUUUUACUGGAGAUGGCCGAGACGAGACAUGGAACAAACCUGGGUACCGUCAGAGCCAAGUGAUAAGCGUGCAGAGGAAACACCAUGGGCCGUCGGAGUUGGAGGCUGAAAAAGAUCCCUCGGAACUACACGGAUAAAGUCUAUGGAUAGGCAUAUUCAUAGGAGGGAGAGUUUCGUUACAUUUAUGUUGCUUUGAGAGGAUAUCAUGAUUGCGAGGUGAGGAUUGUCGAAAAUACGUGUCUCGGAAGGAAUAGUCCUGUUCCUCAAAUUUCUGCAUGUAGAUUGUGUGCUAGAUCAAACUUAUGAUUGCAAAUAGAACCUGUCCUUCGAG